AUGUCCAAGUUCACCAUCGCCGUUGUUGCUGGAGCCUCUGCGGCCGUUGGCGCUGCCACCACUGCCGCUCUGUACGGCAUCGGAAGCAAGAAAGAGUCGUCGGCGUCAACCAUCGCUACGACGACGACGACAGUCUCGAAUCCGGGCGCGACACGGACGACGCCUCCGCCGCCUGCCCCUGUACCGCUGCCUCGUAACGCAGUCCCCCUCCAACCGCCGGUUGACCCCGCUGGAGUCUUCCAAUAUGGCUUUCCAGGACCAGUCUCCGAUAUACGAAACGCAUGUUCGCUCACAUCAUCCUUCAACCGAACCACAAGAAACCCACACUGGGUAGCCGAACACAUCACACCCGCAAGCCUGCUCAUGACCGGAGGAGACAGAAGACAUUCAUACUUCGCGGAAGACGAGAGCAUACCCGAGAAGUUCAGAGCGAAGCUGAAGGACUACUUCCGAUCAGGCUAUGAUCGCGGACAUCAAGUCCCAGCAGCGGAUGCGAAGUGGAGUCAGGAAGCGAUGGACUCUACGUUUGCCUUGUCCAACAUGUGUCCGCAGGUUGGCGAUGGAUUCAAUCGAGACUACUGGGCACAUUUCGAGGACUUUUGUCGGCGGUUGACGUCUUUCUAUCCGUCUGUACGGAUCGUCACUGGGCCGCUCUAUUUGCCAAAGCGUGACCCCGUUGACGGCAAAUGGCGUGUCUCGUACGAAGUCGUCGGCCACCCACCCAAUGUUGCAGUGCCAACGCACUUCUACAAGGUGGUCUUUGCAGAGGAUGGCAAGACUGGUGGGAAGGUCAGUUUGGGAGCAUUCGUUCUGCCCAACGACCGCAUUCCGAACGAUAAGCCACUUCAAGACUUCGAAGUUCCCGUCGAAGCAGUUGAGAGAGCGUCUGGGCUGGAGUUUGCCAGCCUGCUCCCUCCAGCACGGAGAAAGAAAUUGUGCCAGGAAGUCAGCUGCAGCAUCAUCGUGAAGGAGUACGCCGAGCGCCAGAGAACACCUCUCACUCCUCCACCCGCGAAGGGUAUCGCCGCGCAAGCGAGUCCUAUUCAGAAAUGA